AUGUUCCAAUUACAAGGCCCACAAUUGCUACAGAUGCUAGAGAAAUCCUUGAGGAAAUACCUCCCUGAGUCCCUAAAGGUUUAUGGGACUGUUUUCCACAUGAACCAGGGAAACCCAUUCAAGCUAAAGGCCCUGGUGGACAAAUGGCCUGAUUUUAAUACAGUGGUUGUCCGCCCUCAGGAACAGGAGAUGGUUGAUAAUUGGGAUCAUUACACCAAUACUUACCAAAUCUACUCCAAGGACCCCAAGAACUGUCAGGAAUUUCUUGGCUCACCAGAAGUCAUCAAUUGGAAACAGCAUUUGCAGAUCCAAAGUUCCCAGUCCAACCUGAAUGAGGUGAUACAAAAUCUCGCAGCCAGCAAAUCCUUCAAAGUCAAGCACACAGAGCGCUUUCUCUAUGCGGUGGCUGACACUGUAAAGAAACUAAUUCCUUCUCUGUUUGAUGUAAAGAACUUACCACCUGGGGGUGGCAAACCCAAGGCCAUCAAUCAAGAAAUGUUUAAACUCUCAUCCCUGGAUGUUACCCAUGCUGCCCUGGUGAAUAAAUUCUGGCAUUUUGGUGGCAAUGAGAAGAGCCAGAGAUUCAUCGAGCGCUGUAUCGAGACGUUCCCCACGUUCUGUCUUCUGGGGCCUGAGGGGAACCCUGUGUGCUGGGACCUGAUGGACCAGACAGGAGAGAUACGGAUGGCAGGCACCCUGCCUGAGUACCGGAAGCAGGGCCUCAUCUCCUAUGUCAUCUAUAUCCAGACCCAGGCUCUUAACAACCUUGGCUUUCCCAUAUAUUCUCACACUGACAAGAAUAACAAAAUAAUGCAGAAAAUGAGUUACAAUCUGCAUCAUAUCCGCAUGCCCUGUACCUGGAACCAGUGGAACUGUGUGCCUCUGUGAUGCUGUCCUACAAACAAGUAU